CAAUGAAAACAUAAAACUGUUUAUAUACAUAUAUUUAAUUCUAUAAUAAAACUAUAUAAAUAGAAUAAGCACUCCUACUUGUACUUUCGAAAAUAUGGUGUGGGUGCGUUCCACUUAUUAGCCUAGUCUUGUGGCCGGGAUCGUUAAUUACAUCAAUUUCGGCGGAUGUUAAUGAACGCGUGCGUACACGACGGUUAAUUCAAGCCAAUUUUGUUCGUGAAUUUGAAUGCAAGUCGGCCGUGUAGCAGCUGACAUUGUGUCAUAUCCAAUUAAGAACGAUUUUCGUUAGAGAAUCGACUCUCGCAUACUGUCAACGGCAGUUAGACGCGCAGUUUCUUUCGAAAGAUCGAGCUAGGAGGAGAGGUGAAACUAAAUGAUAGGUUUUCAACUAAGUGAUGCCAAAAGACAAAAAAGAGAGAGUUGAUACAGGUGUAAGAAAGUGCACAAAGAUAAGAACAUCGGCUAUAAAAAUACUACGAGAGAUUAUAUAUUCGCACAAUUGUGUCUCGUGUAGUGAUCGGAUUGUUGCUCGAUUUUGCGGGUCAAAGUUACAAGACCUAGAAAAAGGGCGUUCGAAAGUUGUUCAUUUUCCUUACUCCUCGUGUAAGGUAUUUGAUUGAACAGAGGGUAUUGAAUUAAAUUACGCAGUAUCUCUCGUUGUGCAUCCCAAUAAUGGGCAACAAUAAAAUCGAAAGCCGACCGAAAGGUCGUUUGAACGGAGCACCAGUAACAAUGUCGGAGCCACUUCGUCGUAAAAAUAUUAUUUCCGCACUUCUCUGCUUUACGUGUGGCGCCUGCUUUAUUCUCAGUUUAAUUUGCACUUGUCUGGCAACAAUGGUCGUUAUGCUGGAUCAGACUGUUGAGGCGGCGAGCUACAGUCGAUCUCUAGAUUCGAAUAGACCAGAGGCAUUUACGACAGCAUUUGAUCCUGACAAAAGCUUCAGAUUACCAAAAGAAGUCGUACCUAUCCACUAUGAUCUCUAUUUGCACCCAAAACUUAAAGAGGGCACGUUUACUGGAAAGGCGACCAUCUUAAUUGAUGUCCACGACAAUAGAAGAUUCAUAGCUCUUCAUCAAAAGGAUCUCGAUAUCACAUCUGUGAAAUUAGAAACGUACGGUUUAGAAGAAGAUUAUGAAAUUAAUAUCUCUUCUGUUAGUAAGCCUACAAAAUAUGAGAUCUUCAUAAUUACAACUGAAAACGAGAUUACAUCCGGAUUAUAUAAAUUAUAUCUAGAAUUUGAUGGAAGCCUCAAGAACAAAAUAGUUGGAUUCUACGGCAGCAAAUAUCAUUAUACGAAUGGAAAAACUGAUGAAACCAGGUACAUUGCGACUACUCAGUUUGAGGCAACUAAUGCUAGACAAGCUUUUCCGUGUUUUGAUGAACCCAGUUUCAAGGCAGAAUUUUCAAUAAAAGUGGUUCAUCCAAUGAAUAAUUGCUACAAUGCAUUAUCCAAUAUGAAUGUAGAGAGUACGGAACUAAAUGUACCACAACGUGGUCUAGCAACUGUGACGUUUGCAAAAACUGUACCUAUGUCAACGUACCUAACUGCUUUUAUUGUCCAUGAUUUUAUUGGCACAAGUAAAAUGGCAAAGAGCUUACAUGGUAAAGAAUUUCCGGUCAGUGUUUACACCACAAAACUUCAAUCGGAAGCAAAAAGAAAUUUUGCAGUGGAUAUUGGUGUGAAAGCUAUUGAAUAUUUCAUAAACUUAUUUAAAAUAGAUUUUCCAUUACCAAAACUCGAUAUGAUUGGUAUUCCUGAUUUUAAGGCCGGCGCUAUGGAAAAUUGGGGUUUAGUGACUUAUAGAGAAACAAGAAUUCUUUAUGACGAACACACUAACUCUCUUUAUGAUAAGCGUGAAGUCGUUAACGUAAUCUGUCACGAAUUGGCGCACAUGUGGUUUGGAAAUCUCGUUACUAUGAAAUGGUGGAGUGACUUGUGGCUCAAGGAGGGUUUUGCUACAUUCAUGGCAUCUAAAUGUUCCGAUGCAAUUCUACCAAAGCAAGGAUAUAUGGAAGAAUUUCCUGUUGAAAUAGUUCAGAAUGUAUUUGCUUCUGACUCAAAAUUGAGCUCUCAUCCUAUAGUUCACGAUGUUCAAAAUGCAGACGAUAUUUCAUCCUUCUUUGAUGGAAUAUCUUAUAAGAAGGGAGCAUCUAUAAUUCGCAUGAUGGAGAACUUCUUUGGAUCUGACGUCUUUUUCGGUGCAAUUAGCAGCUAUUUGAAUAAGCAUGCUUAUCAAAAUGCGGAGACGGCGGAUCUCUUUAAUGCUUUGCAAGAUGCGGUCGGAAACAAAUUAAACGUAAAAGCAAUAAUGGACACUUGGACGCGACAAGGAGGAUAUCCUGUUGUCAACGUGAAAAAAUCUGGAAACAAAUUUGUAUUAACUCAGGAACGAUUCCUAGAUGAUCAAGACGUCAAAUCCGAUCCGUCACAAUCAGAAUAUGGAUACCGAUGGACCAUACCCAUUGAGUAUAUCACUAACAAAAACGAGGAGCCCACUCUUAUAUGGUUCGACAAGGAUUCGAACGAAGUGGUGAUCGAGGCUGACGAACAUACUAAUUGGAUUAAAUUAAAUGCGGGUCAAGUUGGUUUUUAUCGAGUUAAUUAUAACGAGGAAUGGAAGACAUUCCAGCAUCUACUUCGAUCCUCUCAUAUGAGAAUACCAUCAUCGGAUCGAGCAAAUCUUUUGGACGACAUGUUUAGCUUAGCCGAUGCCGGUCAGAUCGAAUAUAAUACUGUAAUGGAUAUAAGUACGUACCUCAGCGAGGAGUAUCAUGCUCUUCCAUGGGCAGUUGCAAAAUUGAAUUUCAUGACAAUGCAUACUCUGUUAAAAUCUUCGACAAUCUCACAUCUUGCUAACACGUUCAAGUCUUACGCCAGAAAAUUGGUAGAAACCACCUAUGAAAAUAUACCUUGGACUGACGAUGACAUUAUUGAAGAUGUGCCACUGACACAUGUGGAGAGAAGAUUGCGACCGACGGUAAUCGAAUUGGCCUGUGCAAUGAGUUCAUCUUCAUGUUUGAAAACAGCAGGAGAACACUUCAAGGAAUGGCUACUAGAAGGAAAAUCGCAACACCCUGAUAUUCGCGAAUUGGUUUAUUACUAUGGUAUGCGCUACCAUUCUGAUGAGAAUGAUUGGAAUGCUAUGUUCGAACUAUUUAAAAACGAGAUUGAUCCCAGUGAGAAAAAUAAAAUGAUGACGGGAUUGGCGGGUAUACAAUCGACUGAGAUUCUAAAAGAAUACAUUAAUAAAGCGACUAAUGAGAAUUAUGUCCGCGCUCAAGAUUUCUUGAAGUGUUUGACUUUGAUCUCGAAAAAUCCCGAUGGUACAUCGCUGGUAUGGAACUGGGUGCGCGACAACUGGGAAUUCCUGGUGAACAGAUACACACUGAAUGAUAUGUAUCUCGGUCAACUUAUACCAUCUAUUACAAGUUCCUUCGCCACACAAACUAAACUGGACGAAAUAAAAGCUUUCUUCGCAAAAUACCCUGAAGCUGGUGCCGGUGCGGAUAGUCGAGCCAAAACUCUCGAGACAGUUUCGAAGAACAUCAAAUGGCUUGCUAGAAACACUGAAAAACUUAAUGAGUGGUUCUUCGAAAACUGGUUUAAUGUGAAGAGAAUCAAUUAAACAUCAAUAAAGAUAUCUUUGUAUACCGGUGUUUAACAGUUAUAUACAUAACUUCUGUACAUCAUAUUUCUCUCAACUGCUGGAAACGAUUGACAGUGUAAAGGUAAUUAUAAUUAUGUUCGUAUCGUAAAGAACAGUUAGGUCACUCUUACAAUAUAUUGGACAAGGAAACUGUAUUCAAAUGCGCUGAAAUUACAUUGUGAUGAAUCUUUUAUCUGUUACCGUAAAAAGUAAUUAUCAAAUACGCGAAAUACAUUAAUAUGCAUUUUGCAUGAAUCGUAUGCUUUGUGUAACACAUUUAUAAAUCUUAAUAUUGAAAUAUAUAUAUAUAUAACUUAUUACUUUAAAAUAUAUAUACAGCUUUAGAAAAAAUAUAAUUUUGUGAUGAAAUAUAAUACUUUUAUACUGUUAAA